CUAGUCAAAAUGUAUAUUUGUAGCUUUAAAGGUGGGAUACCACCAUGGAAGACCUAGUUCCGAAUUAGACGCGGCUCUAUUUUCUGUGAUUUGUAUUCAUGUAUAUGUCUGAUGCACAAGGUGACAUUUGACAGCACAGUAAUGCUGUACUCGUGCCCUUGGCCCAAAAUAAAGAUGGCCACCGGAGUCUUCCUACGCUUUGUUGUACGUCACUACGCAUUUUUUUUCUUUUGCGUUGUGUUUAGAUCCUCGCCGCCAUCCGUAUUUCGUUUGACGUCAUCAUUGUGCUCAGUGCCCACCUUGCAAGCUUUGGUGACGCUGCACAUCCAGCAAUUAUUUUCCUGCCACGCCGUUCGUUUUUAUCACUCUGUGGCAUAAUGGGGCGCAAGAAUAGACGAAAUAGACAAAGAAACCAACGGAGUGCAGUAGAACGAACUCCUGCUGAAGAGGAGGCAAGGCGCAAAGCUAGAGAGCAGGCGGCCUGGGAAGGUGGCUACCCUGAAAUCAUUAAAGAAAACAAGCUCUUUGAACAUUAUUAUCAGGAACUGAAAAUUGUUCCCGAUGGAGAAUGGGAACAAUUUAUGUCUGCGCUUCGAGAGCCGUUGCCAUCAACAAUAAGAAUCACUGGAUACAAAAGCCAUGCCACAGAAAUUCUUCAUUGUUUAAAGAAUAAAUACUUCAAAGAGCUGCAAGAUAUCGAGGUUGAUGGACAAAAGAUAGAAGCUCCUCAACCACUUAGCUGGUACCCUGAUGACCUUGCAUGGCAUACAAAUAUGAGCAGAAAGAUAAUCCGCAAAUCUCCUGAACUGGAAAAGUUCCACCAGUUUCUUGUCAGUGAAACUGAAUCGGGUAACAUCAGCCGUCAAGAAGCGGUCAGUAUGAUUCCUCCUGUUCUUCUGAAUGUGGAACCUCAUCACAAGAUUUUGGAUAUGUGUGCUGCUCCAGGAUCCAAGACGGCACAGCUUAUUGAAAUGCUACACGCAGAUAUGAACAUUCCUUUCCCUGAGGGUUUUGUCAUAGCUAACGAUGUUGACAAUAAGCGUUGUUACUUGUUGGUCCAUCAAGCUAAGCGAUUGAACAGCCCAUGCAUUAUGGUGGUUAACCAUGAUGCUUCCAGCAUUCCAAGGCUUUUGGUAGAAAAUAACGGAGCCAAAGAAGUCCUCUACUAUGACAGAAUAUUGUGUGAUGUACCAUGCAGUGGAGAUGGAACCUUGAGAAAGAAUAUUGAUGUGUGGAAGAAGUGGACAACAUUAAAUAGCUUGCAGCUGCAUGGGUUACAGAUUAGGAUUGCUACCCGUGGUGUAGAACAGCUGGCAGAAGGGGGUAGAAUGGUUUAUUCUACGUGCUCUCUGAAUCCUGUCGAGGAUGAAGCUGUUAUUGCUUCUCUGUUGGAAAAGAGCGAAGGGAGUCUGGAACUUGCUGAUGUGUCUGCAGAGCUUCCUGGUUUAAAAUGGAUGCCUGGAAUCACCCAGUGGAAGAUUAUGACAAAAGAUGGACAGUGGUUUGAGAAAUGGGAAGACGUGCCCCAAAGUAGACAUACUCAGAUCCGUCCUACAAUGUUUCCUCCAAAAGAUGAAGAAAAAUUGAAAGCUAUGAAUCUAAACAGAUGCCUCCGGAUAUUACCCCAUCAUCAGAACACAGGGGGAUUCUUUGUUGCUGUGCUUAUAAAGAGAGCACCCAUGCCAUGGAACAAGAGACUGCCAAAGCUGCAACGCAGGGCACCUGCUGCUGUGUCUGAUGUGUCUGUGACAGCUGAGGUUACUGAGGCAGUGGAGGCUGCUUCUGAAACUGCAGGUGCUCCAAUAGUAGAAACAAAAAAUGGAGACUCCAAACCUUGCACAAAUACUGAGCCAGAUUCCAAUAAAAAGGAGAGUGUGUGUGGACCACCGCCAGCCAAAAAAAUGAAACUCUUUGGCUUUAAAGAAGAUCCUUUUGUAUUUCUCUCUGAAGAUGAUCCAAUAUUUCCUCCCAUCCAGAAAUUCUAUGCAUUAGAUGAAUCUUUUCCAAAGAGAAAUUUACUGACUCGAACUCAGGAAGGAAAGAAGAGGCAACUUUAUAUGGUCUCUAAGGAACUGAGGAAUGUGCUACUUCACAAUAGUGAGAAGAUGAAGGUUAUUAACACUGGUAUCAAAGUGCUGUGCCGGAAUAACGAUGGUGAACAAUAUGGAUGUGCUUAUAGAUUAGCCCAAGAGGGCAUAUAUAGCCUUUAUCCUUUCAUCAGAUCAAGAAUUGUAAGUGUAUCUGUAGAUGAUAUCAAGAUCCUUCUAACUCAAGAAAAUCCAUUCUUGAGUAAAUUUAGCAAGGAGACACAAAAACAGGCAGAAGACCUAGUUAUGGGAAGCAUUGUCUUAAAAUAUGAACCUGACCCACUGAAACUUGAUACUCUCCAGUGCUCUAUUGUUCUUUGUGGCUGGAGGGGAAAAACCUCAAUCCGAUCUUUUGUGCCAAAAAAUGAGAGGCUGCAUUAUCUAAGAAUGAUGGGCGUGGAAGUAUUUAAGGAAAAAAAGGAAGUCCCAGAGACUAGUUCGGCUGAAACUGGCCAGCAUAGGGAAGAAGAUGCACAUAUAAAGGAAGAUGAUGAAGAUCCACAGGGAAAUCAGGAUUCAGAUGCUGUAAAUAUUGGAGACGACACGGAUGACCUAGGUCAAGUAGAACCUUUAAGCGAAGAUGAAAAAUGUGCAGUGGAUUCUAACCUAGAUAUCACAAAAGCCAGUGGGGACGAAGAUGAAAAAUUAACAGAAUGAUUUAAACAGUGGCCACAAUGCAUCAUAGAUUUAUUGUUGCACAAGGUGCCGUUUAUCUGUAAAGGACAAAACUAGUUGUUUGUCAUAAAUAGUAUUGCAGCCCUCCCUACCAGUUCUAUAUUUUGAACAGUAAAACACUUUUAAAGACUUUUUUUUUUUUUUUUAUUUGUCUGUAUCAUCCCAAAUACAAUUUAAUCCAAUGUGGAUUUGCUUAUUUUAAUAAAGAAUUUAAGAG